UCUGCAGGUCAAAGUGAGUAAUAAAAGUGAGAGUGUCCAAAAGAAAGAUGGGAAUGACAAAGUAACAGCGCCAAAGACAGAGGCAGAGCUCCUUAUGGACAAAUUUGAGAGGAUGGCAGAAGAGGAGAGAAUUUGGCCUUGUCAGAAGGAUAGGAGAGAUAAAGACCAGGCCAAAGAGAUAGAGGGAAAGAGAAAGGAGGAGGAGGUGCUGUCUAAAGAAGAGCAGCGCAGGCUGAGGAAUGAGAAGGCCUUACAGGAACACCUGGACAGGGUAAAGAAUCCGGAAUUGACAGGCAAACAGACCAGACAACCACAAUGUAAAGAUUACUCUAUUUUCACUGCAUCAGGGCUAAAGAGCAAGGACCCGCAUGAUCAACAGUCAGCAAAAUGCAAAGAUUUCUCUGUGUUUUCCACGAGCAGUCAAGGCGUGGCCAAGGUCCCCCAGGUCAAAGUGAGUAAUAAAAGUGAGAGUGUCCAAAAGAAAGAUGGGAAUGACAAAGUAACAGCGCCAAAGACAGAGGCAGAGCUCCUUAUGGACAAAUUUGAGAGGAUGGCAGAAGAGGAGAGAAUUUGGCCUUGUCAGAAGGAUAGGAGAGAUAAAGACCAGGCCAAAGAGAUAGAGGGAAAGAGAAAGGAUAAGGAGGUGCUGUCUAAAGAAGAGCAGCGCAGGCUGAGGAAUGAGAAGGCCUUACAGGAACACCUGGACAGGGUAAAGAAUCCGGAAUUGACAGGCAAACAGACCAGACAACCACAAUGUAAAGAUUACUCUAUUUUCACUGCAUCAGGGCUAAAGAGCAAGGACCCGCAUGAUCAACAGUCAGCAAAAUGCAAAGAUUUAUCCAUCUUUUCAGCUGAUGCUCAGACGCAGCAGUGCAAAGAUGUCUCCAUGGUUACUGCAACUGAGUCAAAGACUCUGAACCCUCAGAAGGACCAGCCUGCAAAGUGCAAAGGUAAAGACCAGGGCCCGGUUUCCUGA